CCCAUAAAGAAUUCUAAGGAGCCCAGAUGUUUCUUAUCUGUACUCAGCGAGACCUGAGAAGAUAGAGAGACGUGGAUGGUUUUGAAUCCCUGGUUGUCUUAGAAUUGGCCUCUUCUCCCUCCAGCGUGUGCACUCCACUCCACUCCACUCAGAUCCUUCCCUCAUCAUCCAUCUGAGAAACGUAACGCAAUUAGAGUGAAAUCCCAACUCCUCGAUUUGUUAUCUGCUCCUCUUCUCUUCGGUUUUGGGUUUUAGGCGGCGGCAUUCGAACUUCCGGCUCCGUUCUGAUAUCAAUCCCGCCAAGCUCGGCCUCACCACCGCUCAGCCGCCGGCCGCCCUCGCCCUCGCCCUGGCGCUGCUGCUGGUUCAAAAUCAAAUGCUAUGCCUAGGAGGAGGAAGAUCAUAUUACUCAUCUCCUUCCGCAGCUACCCCUAUGAGAUGUGAAAAACGGCGGGAAAUUCAUGUCGACUGACAUCUGCCCUUCUCGUCCUGUUCAAUUAGAUCGACAAUCCAAUUUCAUCGCACCUGUUCUCCCGGCGGUGGAAUAGGCCGGAGCCUCGAUAUGGCCGCAAAUUCAAAGCUUCCGUUAUGGGGAUCAUGCGCUCACCAUCCUACACAUCUUCAUCUGCGGUAGUUGAGCGUAGGAGGACUUGGAUCAGGUGUGUACUGGCGUUAACAGAGGAGAACGUUGAGAAGGUAUUGGAUGAGGUUCGGCCUGGACUAAUGGCCGACGGCGGCAACGUUGCUCUCCACGAGAUCGACGGCCUGGUCGUUGUUUUAAAGCUGCAGGGAGCCUGUGGGUCGUGCCCCAGCUCUGCCAUGACCCUCCAGAUGGGGAUCGAAACCCGGCUACGUGACAAGAUCCCCGAGAUCAUGGCUGUCGAGCAGAUCCGUGACACAGAAACCGGGUUGGAAUUGAACGAAGACAAUGUCGAGAAGGUAAUUCUGUCUGAAAUCCGGCCUUACUUGGGAGGGACUGGAGGAGGGGAGCUUCAGUUGCUUGGCAUUGAUGACUACUUAGUCCGGGUUCGGCUCACAGGGCCUGCGGCAGGGGUGACGACUGUUCGUGUUGCUCUGACUCAGAAGCUUAGAGAGAAGAUACCUUCAAUUGCAGCCGUUCAGCUCACAGAUUGAAACCCCCUUCCCUCGCUCUUCCUUUUGUGUAACUGUAGGGAUAGUAGUAGUAUCUUAGCAAGAACAUCUACAAUUGACUCCCAACGCCUGAUCAACAUUUGGCGCUUCCUUCCCCUUUGGUACCUUUCCCAAAUUUCUACAGAAUACAAACAAACACUCUUUUUCUAACAUCA